AUGAAUAUUCGUAUUAUCGUUUUACUAUCAUUGUUGGCCAUAUUUGCCAGUGCCAAUGGAGUACAAUCACUUACUGUCACCUCAGUAAAGUUGACACCAUCAAAGGUCUAUUUCACCAGUCCUACUAUCCCAUCAGUAACAAUCUUCUUCACCACGGACCAGAGAUUCCAAAGUGGAGCAGUUAUCAUCAACAAUGAGUAUUCCACUUCCCUCAGUCCAAUCAACAUCAUCAAUGAUGGACCGUCCAAGACCAAUGUCACUGUGUGCAUUCCAUGGACUCAAGUUAAGUGUCUUCCAACAAAUGGUGCAACCUCCCUUGAUUGUCCCAUUCGCGUAUCCCUCUUCAACGGCGUUGACUACAUUGAUGUCCAAGUAACCCAAUUGUUCCCAGCUGCUGGCAAACUCACCAUCUACACCGGUCCACCAUCAACAUUGACCUCACUCAGUGUAUCCCAAUCAUCAACUUCUUUGUUCUUCAAGUUCCAGAUUGCCGCAGGCUCUUCUGGCUUUAGAAACGGACAGUUUGGCCUGAGAUACUACAAGCAGUCUGGUCAGGAUGAGAUUGUAAAUUACAACAUCCAACUAUCCGAUGCCAAUGCUGAUGGCUUCUACUACGUCACUGUCAACCCACCCACCGAUCGCCGUCUAGCCACCAUCGACCUUGCCAACCUGGUACUCUACAACUCUGCAGGCGUCCCAACCACCUACACCACCUUCGCCGCAUUCAAUCUCCCUCCAUUAAGUAUCGCCCCACCACAGUGGAUACCCUCGCCAAUUGUAUUGGCCGAUAGUGUUACACCCUUGACCAACUUGUCCUACACCUACUUGACACAUGUUGUUGCAGUCAACUUCCUACUUAACUCCAACCCAAAUGGAUUCUACGAUAUUGAGGUGAGACUCUGGGGACCAAAUGCCGACUGCACACCAGUUCUCUCUUCCCCAACCAACAUCACUGCCUACUGCCUUAUCCCAGCCUACUUCAACAAUGGUACAUACACCUUCCGUUUGCUUCUCAAGCAAUACUCUGGUCAACCUUUGGAAUACUUCACAACUUCGACCCUCACCUACAUCAACACAAACACUGGUGUUCCAUCACUUGGUAACUCAAUCACAUUCAAUGUUCCAUCGAUCAAUCAGUUGCAACCAUUCCAUUUGGAGACAAAUGUAUCAUUCAGCUCACCGGGUUCAGGAUUCGCUAAUGCAGAGAUCCUUCGUUAUGUGUACGCCAAUCCAAACGAUAUUGUCCAAGGUGAUAUCAAUGAUGGUGUGAUCUCAAUCCGAUCACUGUUUGACAGUGCCAACGAUGAACUAUACUUGCCAUGGGGUGGUCGUUCGACCAUCACCAACGAUCAAGGCAACACUGCCUCACAGUACUACUCCACAUCAAGCAUUCCAACUGUGACACCACGUGUCUUGCCAGCCAACGCUGUGCUGAUCAACGCCACCCUGCCAAAGACUGUAAACCUCAACUCAUUAACAGCCGUACCCAUCUACUUUAAUGUGACCUCUACUCAGUUGGUUGAAGGCAGUGCCUACCUGUUGAUCAAUGAUAAGAUCUCAGAUCAAGCCCGCUUCUCCUACCAAGAUGGUUUGCUCUCGAGCAACAACAACCUACUCACCUACCAAACUGGACUAUCAUUUCAUCCAACUCAAUUCCCACAACCAGGUGCCUACAGUGUCUUCUUCAACUUCUUCCAGCAGUACUCUGACUAUGCCAACCAUCAAUGUGUCAGCCUAAUCUACACUCGCCCAUCUGCUCCAACUGUACUUUCCUUCUCGUUCACUCCCAACCCAAUUGUUGUGACAAAUGGCGCUGUUGAGGUCACCUUCGUACUCACUUUAGACAAGGCCACUUCGAACUCCUCAAGUGUUCUGGUCCAAUUUGAUCAACAUCACUUCACAUUCUCCCAGACCACAGUUGUCCCUCUAUACCAAGUUGUGAAUGUCUCUUCACCUGUUGCCACCUUCUCCGGCUCGUGGUUCGUCCCCAAGAACACUUUCUCAUUCACCUCCAAUAUUGAUUUGGUCCUCCAAGAUUCGAAAGGAUACGCUGUCUACACCAUCAGCUCUGCCAAACUCAGACAAACACCAUCCCUGGCAUCGACAAUCUCAGUCCAAGGUACAGCAGUUGACCUUGUGACACGUCCAGUACUAACAUCAUUCAGUAACAAUGGUCCUUACUCUGCCUUUGUCAAGGCUACCUCAGUCACUCCAAUGGCAUCCGUCCGUUUCUUCUAUAAUGAGAACCAGUUUGGAGCUGGAGUAGUCUUCUAUGAGAACAACUUCUUGGAUAACCCGACAACCAGCUUCAACGACAAUGUCUACUUCUUUGUGCAGUGCAACAAGCUCAGCACAAGGACACGUGUCGGAUUGCCAAGCCUGGUGCUAGAGAUCACAGAUGUCAAUGGACAGGUGUUCACAUAUAGCUACGCCUACAUCAAGUCUAUCUUCCCAUCCUACACACCACCCUAUGUUCAAUGUGAUGUGGCUGCACCAAGGAUCGCUUCAUUGACCGCCCCAUCCUCGAUCAAUACUGGAUCUUCGGGCUCCAUUGCCAACAUUGACCUAACAAUCACUGAUAACCAAUCUGGAUUCAAGGAGGCAGUCAUUGUCGUCUCAUCAAAUGGUAUCAAUCAGUUCACUCUUCUCGCAGACUCAACAAACAGACUGUCUGGAGGUGACAACAAUGGUGUCUAUCGUGUAUCAUUCCCAGUUGGCUUGCACUCGAAUGCUGUAUAUACCUUGUCAGUUGAGAGCUUGUCUGAUAACGCUGGCAACGUGAUCACAUUGACAUCCCAAGACCUCCAACUCGUCUCAACAACCGGUCUCUCAACGAUCACAACCACCUCUCCAACAGUUGACUCGGUUGGAGCCAUCACCAAGGCAGUGUUCUCCAAGAUUGUUGCUGAUGGCGCCACUCAGACACUCACGGUCGUCACCACAGGCGCAGUCCAAAGAGUCUAUAUCGUGUUCUCGAGCGAUGUGUCAAACAGAAUUCCGGUACCAUCAAUUGGAAAUGGCCAGUUCCGCAUCACAUUUGUUCCAUCAGCCUAUGGCAACCACUACUUCUCCAUUUUCCUGGUUGGUCCCAAUGACAAGACAGUAUCCUUCACUCAAUCAACAUAUGCCUUCUACUACCUCGGUGGAUCUUUUGCUGCAGGCCGUGUUCAAUCAAUCCAAACAGUGCGCAACUAUUACACCAUAACUGGUACAUUCACAAUUGCUCAGUUAUCAUCCAACCAUGAUGAACACUAUUGUUACUUGACCGAUGAUAGUGGAGUAAGAGUUGGAGGUAACAUCCAAUCUGUUGCUGGUGUUGCCAACACAUACCAAUGUAUUGUUGAUGUUGCACCAUUUGUUGGAAGCAAGACAUUCCAUUGGUCUUUCCAGUUCAGUGCACUCAGACCUGCCUUCCAGCCAUCACAACAAAGUCCAGUCCCAACACCUAGAUUCAUCAGCUCAUAUGAACUACUUACCCAAUAUGGUGUCAAUCCCAACAUUCAAUUGACCUUUUAA